AUGGUGUUUUGUAGUGGAUCUCAUAAACCUAUUCAAAGGAAAAUAGUCAUUUUGGGUGAUGGUGCUUGUGGUAAGACCUCUUUACUGAACGUGUUCACUAGAGGGUAUUUUCCUCAGGUCUACGAACCAACAGUGUUUGAGAAUUAUAUCCAUGAUAUCUUCAUUGACAGGAAGCAAUUGCAGCUCUCGUUGUGGGAUACUGCCGGCCAAGAAGAAUUCGACCGAUUGAGAUCACUAAGUUACACGGAUACUGAUACGAUUAUGCUCUGUUUCUCCAUUGAUUCCUACGAUUCUCUGGAAAACGUUGAAAACAAAUGGGUGGGUGAAAUCCUGGAACAUUGUCAAGGAGUCAAGUUGGUUUUGGUAGCAUUGAAAUGCGACUUGAGAAACACGGAGGAUGGUGAUACCCAGACACAAUCAGGAUUCCCACAACAACAGGACCAAGAUGAUUCACAACAAAAUCAACAACUAUCACAACAAAACAACCUAUCCUCUGAUAAUGGUGGCAUUCAAUCGUCUAGUAAAGGCCGUUCACUGGUCACUUAUGAAAAGGGUCUAGCGGUGGCAAAGAGAAUCGGGGCUUUGAGAUACUUGGAAUGCUCAGCCAUGAAAGGCCGCGGAGUCAAUGAAGUGUUUACAGAAGCUGCUCGCUGUGCGCUGAGUGUCAAGCAUGAGGAGGACAAUAAAACCAGCUGUACAAUAAUGUAA